AGAGACAUCAUGAUGAUAUAUGAAGAAAAUGCUGAGGAAUGGGCUCUGUACUUGAGGGAAGUUUUUUCACAUACUGUGAAAAGGGAAGCAAUCCUGCUGUAUUGCUUGGAGAAUUACUCUCUUCGGGAUCUGGAAUUGCAGAGUUUAAACUCUUACGAAUGCAAACUUUUGAUACUAUCAGAUAGCCUGCUUAAAGACCUCACUCCAAAGAAAUGUCAGUUCCUGGAAAAGGUACUUCAUCCACCAGAAAGCGUGGUUACCCUGCUGUGUGGGGUGACGAGUUCAGACCAGCUCUACAAAUUGUUAAAUAUCUCUGGAGGCAGAUGGGAGAUCUCAACUGAGCAGGGGCCUGAAGACUACAUCUCUGUAAUCGAGAGCAUCAUAUUUGGAGGUUCUAAUGACUACCUUGAGGUCACUAUUCCAACAGACUUAAGAGUGGAACCUUCUGGGGAAGUGAGUGAGAGAAAGCGAACUGAAGAAUUCACCCAAGUUUCAGGAAGCAGUGGGCCACUGGCGCUGGUGCUUCCCACUGAAGUGCCCUGUGAGAAUCCUGGUGAAAUAUUUAUUAUUUUGAGAGAUGAAGUAAUUGGUGAUACUGUGGAGGUUGAAUUUACAUCAGAUAAUAAAUGCAUUAGAACACGGCCAGCCCUCUGGAAUAAAACAGUCUGGUGUAUGAAAGCUUUAGAUUUUCCUGCUGGCUCUGUCAAUGUCAAUGUUUACUGUGAUGGAAUCAUUAAGGCCACAACAGAGAUUAAAUACUAUACAACAGAAAAGGCUGAGGGGAGCCUAUUGGGAGCGGCAGGUCCAGGAGAUGGUGUGUGCCAGAAUGACAUGGAAGAACUUGAUGAUAUUCUCACAUUCAUAUUCAAACAAGAGAUACCAUAUUAUAAGUUCCGAUCUCCCCAAACUGAAAUCUGCCCUCAAAAAGAAUAUGCUCAUUUCAAAGAACUUCCAACUCUUCUCCACUGUGCAGCAAAAUUUGGCUUAAAGAACUUGGCCAUUCAUUUGCUUCAAUGUUCAGGAGCCACCUGGGCAUCUCAGAUGGAAAAUUUGGAAGGUUCAGAUCCAGCACAUAUUGCUGAACGGCAUGGUCACAAAGAACUCAAGAAAAUCUUUGACGACUUCUCAAUCCAAACAAUCAGUAGAAAUAAUGAGCCAGAACAUGACUAUGAAGAGGAUUUUCCAUCACUUUCUGCAUAUUUUCCAACCCCGCAGAGCCCAGCGUGGAAAAUGUUGGAAGGCCAAAUGGAAAGAAGUCAGAGUUGGUGCAAUUCCAGUGCAAAACAGGAAACAGGAGGUGAACCCGAAGGAGAGGAAGAAAAGACAGAAGCUGCAAAGGAGCUGGAGGAGGAAGACCCGUACACCUUUGCUGAGAUCGAUGACAGUGAAUAUGACAUGAUACUGGCCAAUAGGAGUACAAAGAAAAAACUUGGAGGCCGGUCUUUCAUUAUAAACAGACCUCCUGCCCCCACGCCUCGACCCACAAAUAUCCCUCCGAAAGCAGAAACCACACCUUACAUAGCUCAAGUGUUUCGACAAAAGGCAGCCAGAAGACAAUCUGAUGGUGACAAGUUCCCUGGUCCCAGGAAACAAGACAGACCUCGGGUGGAGAGUCAAGCCUUUUCCACUUUGAGAAGCUGCCUGGCCACUGGGCAAGAAGAACUCAUCCUCCUGCAGGAGCAAGUGAAGAGCGGGAAACUAUCUAUGGACCAAGCCCUUAAGAAAUUUAAACAAUGGCAGAUGGGAAAGACAGGCCUGGAAAUAAUUCAGCAGGAAAAACUUCGACAACUACGAGAUUGCAUUAUCGGGAAGAGGCCGGAAGAAGCAAAUGUCUAUGAUAAGCUCACCAUUGUGCAUCAUCCAGGUGGUAAUGAAAGUGUCCACAAUGAAAAUACUUUAUAUAACAUACCCUUCGGCAAUAAGCCUCCUGUUCGACUCCAAGUUGAAAAGGAGUUUGGUUUCUGUUGCAGAAAAGAUCACUAAGGAAGGUUAUUAUAAUGAAACAAGAAUCUGCAGACACUGUGCUUUCUGGGUGAAGCAAGCUUGCAUUUGGAUUGCCUGCUGUCUUCAGGGAAAAUCUAUACUAUGAAACAAAAAGCAGUCCUCUGGAUUUCAGAUUUUAUUAUUGCCACAAUUUAUUGACAUUGUAUCUACUUCAGAUGGGUAUAUCAAGCCUAAAAUUGAAUGCCAUAGAGCAAUUGCAUUCUUUGAAAAUGAAAUUCUUGCAUCUUACAAUGCACUUUCCCACUGAAGCAGCUAUUUUCCAUUUUGAAAACUGAAGGAAAACAAGAGCAGAAAAGUUAAAUGCUCUAUAGCAUUUAUUGGGGCUGUUUUAGGCACUGACCUUAAUAAAUUACUCCUCCUGCCCUUAGAAUAAUGAUGAAAAUACAAAUUUGUUUAGUACACAUUUGCCUUUUAAGUGGCUGGUCCAUUUCCUGAAUUUCUCAUAUUCAAAACUAUUAUUGUCACAUGAUGUUUGCAGUAAUCUUUCCUUAUUUAGUGCUUAUUUGCAUGUAACCCUGAGAACAUUAUUUUUCUAACUUUUUGUAUCUCAUAUUGAUAUACAUUUCUACAAUCUGUAUUCCUUAUUAAAAGAUUUACAAUUUCAUCAACUUAUUGCUUAGACACAAUUUAUUAGCAUAGAAUAGAAAGUGGUUUUACCAUUCUAUGAUCUUCAUGCACAAUUGCUGCAAAUAAAAUGAAUGUUU